UCGAGCCCCCGGCUCAGACGCGCGGUCCUGGCGCUCCUGGAGGCGCGGCGGGGCCGGGCGGCGAUGCCGCUGGAGCUGGCGCAGGCCGCGCUGUACGUGGUGCUGGAGCUGGCGCUGGCCGCGCUGGCGGUGGCCGGCAAUGUGCUGGUGUGCGCGGCGGUGGGCGCCUCGAGCGCGCUGCAGACGCCCACCAACUACUUCCUGGUGUCCCUGGCGGCGGCCGACGUGGCCGUGGGGCUCUUCGCCAUCCCCUUCGCCGUCACUAUCAGCCUGGGCUUCUGCACCGACUUCCACAGCUGCCUCUUCCUCGCCUGCUUCGUGCUCGUGGUCACGCAGAGCUCCAUCUUCAGCCUCCUGGCCGUGGCCGUCGACAGGUACCUGGCCGUGCGCGUCCCGCUCAGGUAUAAGGGUUUGGUCACUGGGGCCCGAGCAAGAAGAGUCAUUGCUGUCCUCUGGGUCCUUGCCUUUGGCAUCGGCCUGACCCCGUUCCUGGGGUGGAACAGGAAAGACAGUGCCACCAAUUGCACGGAGCCCUGGGAUGGGGCCACAAACGCAAGCUGCUGCCUCGGGAGGUGUCUUUCCGAGAACGUGGUCCCCAUGAGCUGCACAGUGCGCUCCAGUCCCUUUGGGUGCGUCCUGCCCCCGCUGCUCGGAAUGCUGGUCCUCUACGUCAGGAUCUUCCUGGUGGCCUGCAGGCAGCUCCAGCGCGUGGAGCUCAUGGGCCCCUCGAGGACCGUCCUCCAGCGGGGGGUCCACGCGGCCAAGUCCCUGGCCGUGAUUGUUGGGAUCUUUGCUCUGUGCUGGCUGCCGGUACACGCUAUCAACUGUGCCACGCUCUUUCAGCCAGCCUGGGCCAAGGAGAAGCCCAAGUGGGCCAUGAACACGGCCAUCCUCCUGUCGCACGCCAACUCGGUCGUCAAUCCCAUCGUCUACGCCUACCGGAACCGAGACUUCCGCUACGCGUUCCACCAAGUCAUCUCCAGCAAACCACCCUAAAGGAAGAAACUGGAGAAGUGGGAUCCCUCCGCCACCAGAUUCUGUGUCCCCCUUCCAGAGCUAGAUAAGUGAAUUUUACUUCUCUCCCAAGUUCAAGUUUGGCCAAGUUGCU